AUGCCUCACUCCUUCGGUUACCGCGCGCGCACGCGCCACAUGUUCAAGCGGGGCUUCAAGGAGCAUGGCCCCGUGAAACUGUCCACCUUCCUCAUCAACUACCACGUUGGAGAUAUCGUUGAUAUCAAGGCCAAUGCUGCCCAGCAGAAGGGUAUGCCCCACAAAUACUACCAUGGACGCACUGGAAUUGUCUACAAUGUUACCCCUUCUGCUGUCGGUGUCAUUGUAUACAAGGUUGUUGGUAACCGAUACAUCGAAAAGCGAGUGAACCUCCGUGUUGAGCACGUCCGCCACUCGAAGUGCCGUCAAGAGUUCUUGGAUCGUGUCAAGGCCAACCACGAUGCUCACGUCAUUGCUAAGGAGAAGGGCGAACGCAUCAACCUCCGCCGUAUCCCUGCUCUCCCCCGGGAAGCUCACACUGUCUCGAUCGCUCAAAAUGCCCCCCAGACAAUUGUUCCCGUGCCUUACGAGACCUACAUCUAG